CUGACGCCGGUCGCGCAGUCAGCAUGGCUGGAUUUUCGCGCAGUUUUUCGCCGGUCCUCCCGUGCUGAGGGCUCCGCGGACUUACUCCGCCGUGUGACGUCGGCAUUUCCUCGCCGUCGUGCGUGGCAUCGGCGUCUCGUGGCACGCCGUCUCACGUCGUCCCCAUCGUCGUCGGGAACGCGCGCCAGUGCCGUCCGACCUUACGUUUGACCAGGGAACGAGAAGCCCCGAGAGAAAGGACGCGCCAGAUGCUUCAACCUAACCUCCAAGCCCGAAGACCGCCCCAAGGGAGCACGCUCGCAGCCGCGACUCGCGUCCACCAACGUGGCUUCCGUCCCGGCGAUUUCAUUACAUCGCGCUAAUCUCACAUGGGCAGAGAGAGAGAGAGAGUGAGAGAGGGAGGGAGGGGAGGAUCUGCGAUUUCCCGCGAUCGAUCUCUGGUGUGUGACCACCGCGCGCGGUGAAACGGAGAGUGAAACAGGAGAGCGAAUGCUGAGCGGGCGCUGAGAGUUCCGCGCGUCUUCAUCACCGGAGGCCCCUCGGUUGCGUCGCGAGGUGAUAAACGACGACGACGAGAGGGGCGAGAGGGAUAGACGGCGCGGUAAAUGACAGUGCGGUGAGAGAAGGGCGAGAGCGGACAGAAAGAAAGGCUCCAGGCAGACUGUAAAUUUUUGACCCUCGAGGGAAGAAGAAAGAAGAGACCCGGGUUUCCGCGGGACCUCUUCUCGGUAUGCGGAGCGAGUCUUCCGAAUUCUACAAAAUUUUCCUAACGAGCGAUACCAUGGGAUUUUCCAACGUCGCACGAAAAGGGUCGCCGACGCGAAGAAAUAAACUUCGAAAAUUAUUUCGCGUAAGAAACACUGCGCCUGUACAUCGUUCCUAAUUGACAGAUAGAGGAAGGAGCCAACGGCGGGGGGUAACUAGAGGCGGGAAUGAGAAGAGGGUCGGGCGGAAGACACGAAGCAGCGUUCGAAAUUUACGAGUGAGUCGGUUUGCUUGCACGUCGCGGGGUCCAAGAUGGUGUCUAGGGGCGGUCGUGCGCCGUAACAAAUGGUUCAGCCGUGAACCCGCUCGCCGUGCAACGACACCGGAAACAGGCGGCAGCUAUCCGGCGAAGCGAGCGAGCGAACGAGCGGAGAGACCCGCAAGAAUCCGCGAGGACACGGAUGUGAAGCUUGCCCUGGCCGUCUCUCGCGCGCCGAAUUGUUCCGAGGUACGAAAGCCGAACGGCGGAGUCGCGUUCGUUUACAACGAAAUUGCCCGGAGACAAGAUGAUUCUGAAACGUCGACGAUGAGACGUCGACGUGCGUUUCGCGACGAUCGUCCCGUGAGAGAACGCGUCGCGACUUAAUACGCGUUCGCGGACAUCCAAGGAUGACACGAAGUGUCGCGCGUCUCGACAUUGAGAUCUCGAUGACAGUCGACGGUCCGUGGUAAGAACCGGCCAGAUGGGUUAAAAGAAUCGCAGCUCGCGACUGACGGCAGGCACGGCUCUCGUGCUGCUUGCGAAAUGGCGAUCGUACCGCGUUCACGUAAGUGCAACAAGUGGUGUCCAGAGCCUCGAUGCUGAGACAUCAUCGAUGUUACUCGACAGACGGACGACGGGAUUUGAUCCGGGGCCGAUCAGGUUCGCGACCGGUUGGACCGAGUGGUCUCGAGCAGGAGGACCAUCGUGUUGUUUCCUAGAACGUGUACGCGACGCCAGCGGAAUUAAGCGCGUCUAGAUGAACUUUGAAUCCGUUUCGCCCGUCUCAAGUACGAUCGCCUCGAAAUUUCUUCGUUAGGAUUCUCUUCGCCGGACUAAGUAGAUUUACUCCCUUCGCCGCGGGGAGGAAACGCAUCGAGAGACGAGAAGUCCGAUGCUCGUUAACCUCAUCAAAGGGUACUUCAUUGAUCGUGGAAUCGAAAGGUAGACGACGAGGUAGCCCAGAGCAGGGAUUUUAACUCGAUUUCAACCGUUGGUUUCCCUCGAAUUCGAGUCGUUGGAUCUACCGACAUCGCUUCCGUCGAGGAUACAUCGGAAGAUACGUAGAAGUUAAAGGAAAUCUUAAUUUAUACAAUUUACCGAGGAAAAUUAGUGUUACAAAUCGAUAAAUACGUAUUAAUGUUCGUUAAAACGUAGCGCGAUAUUCGAUAUUGCACGUGAAUGAUCGACGAAAGACUGCAAACGCGAGUCCAUGGCGACGAAGGUGUUCUAUGCUGCUGUGCGGACGAAAGAGACGCCCGACGAGCAUCGACGAUUCUCGGAGCUGCUACCUGACCUCUCGUCGGCAGACACGUUGACUGGCGUAGCAGCGCCGAUCGUACGCCGCGGGCGAACACGUCCCGUGACUCGCUCGAGGACGAAGACUUCGCGAUAAUCCACGUCGAGGCGUUGUCGCAUCCGUAGAGACGUCGUCGAAUGAGACGAUGGUGAUGAGGAUAUCCGCAAGCGAAGCUGGCGUUCCUCUACUAGGCGCCGUCGGUCCGCGCUGCGUCGUCAAGCAAGCGACGGUGAAGCGCUGCGUCCUGGCGUUGCUGCUCGUCUCCAUCGCCAGUAUAUUCUACUACACUCACUACAUCAUCAGCAGUGGACCGCUAUCCAGUUUAAUACACCGAGAUACAAGGCCAGAGCCAGCGAUACGAUGUUCGACACUGAGGGGAGCGACCAGACUACCGUCAGCACCAGACCAUCGCAGUGAAGCUCGAUUAAGGAUAGACCCGAAGGUGUUGGUCUUCGUAGAAACUCUAUACUCGAGGCUAGGCCGAGAGAUAGCUGAGCUGUUAGUUUAUAAUCGAAUAAAGUACAAAGUGGAAGUGGCCGGUAAGUCUUUACCGGUGCUGACGAAUCUCGAUAAGGGUCGGUACGGUGUGCUGAUCUUCGAGAAUCUAAACAAGUACCUGCAGAUGGACAAAUGGAAUCGCGAGCUACUCGACAAAUAUUGCAGGGAAUAUUCAGUUGGCAUCGUGGGUUUUGCCCCUCCAGGAGAGGAGAGUCUCGUUGGUGCUCAGCUUAAGGGCUUUCCACUUUUUAUACACACUAAUCUUAGAUUGAAGGAUGCUCAGCUGAAUGCGGCGUCUCCCAUUCUUCGAUUAACCAGAUCGGGGGAAACGGCCUGGGGACCACUUCCUGGCGGCGACUGGACUAUUUUUCAGGCCAAUCACAGCACCUACGAGCCGCUCGCCUGGGCGUAUCGAGACAGCCUCGACUAUCCGGCCAACAAAAGUCCCCUAGCUACCGUCAUCCAGGAUCACGGCAGGUAUGACGGAAUUCAAAGAGUUCUCUUCGGCGGUGGCCUACGAUUUUGGCUACACAAAUUGCUGCUGCUGGACUCGUUAUCCUACCUGUCGCACGGUCAAUUGAGUCUCAGCUUAAAUCGCAUGAUCCUGGUGGACGUCGACGAUAUAUUCGUCGGCGAGAAAGGUACCAGACUGAGAAAGGAUGACGUAAUGGCGUUGCUAGCCACUCAACAGAGAAUUCAAGCUCUGGUGCCGGGGUUCAAAUUUAAUUUGGGGUUUUCCGGGAAAUAUUUUCAUCACGGGACAGCGGAGGAGAAUUUGGGGGACGACAUGCUUCUAGAGAACGUAGACAGAUUUACGUGGUUUUCCCACAUGUGGAAUCAUCAACAACCGCACCUUUACGAGAAUGUAACUCAUCUACAAUUGGACAUGGCACUGAACAAGCAGUUCGCAAAGGACCACGGUAUACCGACCGGAAGCGGAUACAGCGUAAGUCCGCAUCACUCCGGCGUUUACCCGGUCCACGAAGGCCUCUACGAGGCGUGGAAGCGGGUGUGGAACAUCAAGGUCACGAGCACCGAAGAAUAUCCGCAUCUGAGGCCGGCUCGUUUGAGACGCGGCUUCAUUCACCGUAACAUAAUGGUCCUACCGAGGCAAACAUGUGGCCUUUUUACUCACACGAUUUUUAUCGAGAGGUAUCCGGGUGGAAGGGAAAAGCUGGACGAGUCGAUACAGGGCGGGGAACUUUUCCAAACGAUCGUAUAUAAUCCGAUAAAUAUUUUUAUGACGCAUAUGUCGAAUUAUGGAAACGAUCGGCUGGCGUUGUAUACUUUCGAGUCAGUUAUAAAAUUCAUUCAGUGUUGGACAAAUUUGAGGCUAUCUAGUGCGCCGCCGCUUCAGCUUGGAGAACGUUACUUUCAGUUGUACCCCGAGGAGGCCGAUCCAGUUUGGGGAAAUCCAUGCGACGAUCAGAGGCAUCAGAAGAUUUGGUCUCGUAAUAAAACUUGCGAUCAGCUACCACGGUUUCUAGUAAUCGGACCUCAAAAAACCGGUACCACGGCAUUGUACACAUUCCUGUCCAUUCAUCCAGCAAUAAGCAGUAACUUACCAAGUCCCGACACCUUUGAAGAGAUACAGUUUUUCAACGGAAAGAAUUAUUACAAAGGUCUUGAUUGGUACAUGAGCUUCUUUCCAGCAUCAAAAAACGAGAGUUCUCGAUAUCUCUUUGAAAAAUCCGCCACUUAUUUCGACGGAGAAUUAGUGCCGCGAAGAGCUCAUGCACUUCUGCCAAGAGCCAAGCUAAUCACCAUAUUGCUAUCUCCUGCUAGACGUGCUUAUUCAUGGUACCAGCAUACCAGAGUACACGGAGAUCCGGUAGCGAACAAUUACUCCUUCCACGCGGUCAUCACGGCGAGUGAUUCGGCACCGAAAUCCCUACGGGACCUUAGAAAUAGGUGUUUAAAUCCUGGAAAGUACGCCCAACAUUUAGAGAGAUGGUUAUCGUUCUAUUUGCCGCAACAGUUGCACAUUAUCGACGGCGAACAGUUACGACAAAACCCCGUGGAAACGCUGCACGAGCUGCAACGGUUUCUAAAAAUAACGCCCGCUUUCAAUUAUUCCUCGCACCUGAGGUACGAUCCGAAAAAGGGUUUCUUCUGUCAAGUAACUAACGAAGACCGCACUAAAUGUCUCGGUAAAAGUAAAGGUCGCCAGUACCCACCGAUGGAAGACAGAUCGUACAAAUUAUUGCAGAGAUAUUAUUUGUCCCAUAACACGGCCCUAGUGAAAUUAUUAAAGCGGCUUGGAUCCAGAACGAUACCGCAAUGGCUGAAGGAGGACCUUACCGACACUGUGAUGACCUAGCAAACGCCAAUCGCAUGAAACUUUAAUGUUUCCCGGCUGCUCGCUUCCGCUGUCAGCGAGAUACGUCGCUUGCUAAUGGAAGACUUGUAAAGUAAUAAUUGUACAUUCAAAAGAACUCCACUGGAUUUCACAUCUUUAAAGGAAGGACCAUGCCUGGCCUAUCCCAGUGGACUGGCCUAAUGUAAUUGGAGACCCUGCAAAAGCUAGUCACAUAAGCGGCUUUACGAAGUCCCAGUUGUAAUUGUCGAUUAUUGUUAAGGCUAAUAAUACUAGUUUUAUAUUAUUAUCCUCUCCUUAUUUUAUUAUUAUUAAUAUUAAUUACUAUUAAUAUUAAUUGCUAUUGUAUUAUUAUUAUCAUUAUCAUCGUUACCGCGUCGUAGAAAUCAGGGAUAUUAAUCGCUCACUCGUGCCAUUGUCCAGCAAUUCGUAAUUAGGCACUUUCUUACUUUCCCAUGCAUAAGUUGGGCAAAAUGAAAGCCGAUCAAUACAUAUGAAUUGAAAAUUAUGCAAAAGAAAGAUAUAUCUUUACAAAAAAGAUGACCUGUUUUUAUAAAUUUUAUGACGUAAGAACAGAUUUCGUAUAUCAAAGAAGAUAUGUCCAUGGUAGUAGAAAUUUAUAAAAUAAUAUCUAGUGAGGAUAAAUGAAUUUUUGCUAUCAACGCGAUACGCGUGUUGUAACGAAUGAUAUGAUUGAAGAGUACUCUUUUUGGCAAAAUGCAAUAUUUUGAACAAUUAAAAUUCCA